CGGCUAGGAAAGAAAACGCAAGACCUCGCUGUGUGUUUUGCUUCCCCUUUCGCUAGGAACACAAUUCCAUAGACACAAAAUCAUUUGGUCUUAGCAAAUUAACCCUAAGCCUUUCCAGGCACAGGGGGUGCCCACUGCCCAGAAAGAGGAAGGGUUCCGUUUUUCUCAAAAGGAUUCCUUUCCUUCUUUCUUCGUCAUUUAUUUAUAUAUAUUAUUCAUUUAACUGGGCCAAAUUAAUAUUAGUAUUCCUUCCAAAUUAACCACGAGGAAGUUGUGUCCUAAUUUUGACAAGGAAGAUGGGUUGGAUACGGUCCUUGAGGUGCCAAUUCCUGAGGAAAUGCUGAUCAGCAUGGGCACCAAUGGGUUCAAUAGUUGGCAGAACCUGCGAACUCUCAUGAAUGCUCAAUUUGUUGAUAAGUCUUCCGGUCUCUCAACACCAUCAAACAAUGAAUUCAUGGUGUUGCUUAAGCUUGUGGGUGCUCCCCUUAUUCCUCUUCAGGUUCCAUCAGACCAUACUUUGACUCGCCCCCUCAAAGAUUGUUCCAUUGUAAGCCUUACCAAUCAUCUAUAUAUUAAUUUCUCUUUGAAUUUAAGUUGAAUAAUUCUUCUUUGAAUUAAACAAGAAUAUAAGAGGGGCGAGUCUCAUAAAAAAUUACAAAAAUCCUCUUCUAUAUUAUUUCCAUCCUUCAUAACAAACACAACCUUAUAACAUAUAAAUCUAUAACGGUGAUGAAUAACUCAUAUAAACUACAUCACGCAAUUAUAGUUUGUGUCUUGGUUAAUUCUCUAUACAUAUGAACCUUGAGUAUGUAAGUAUGUUUUUAAUGUAAAAACAUUUAGGUAAUUUUUAUAAGAGUGAUGUUACAUUGUGUUAUGAGAAAUGUAUCACGAAGUUCUGUACCGAACAUAUUACUUUUUUUAUUAGUUAAAAGUUAAAUAAAUAAAUAAAAUUAGAAAGAGAGUUUUUAACAUAAAUUAUGGGUUACCGUUCAUUUACCGUUUGAUAAAUUUCCUCAAGUGAAAACUAACAAUAUAGAGAGGGUGUUAGAAUUGUGAAUUACCUGCUUUGUUGUUGUUCUUUCCUGAAUUAGUUAACAAUAGUUUCAUUAAUUAAAUAAAAUGGGGAGGCAUGCCGAGAGAUUCUACUGCAAAGUACAUAGUUCAGCAGUACGUGGCGGCGACGGGAGGAGUAGCUGCAUUGAAUUCACUGGAAAGCAUGUAUGCAAUGGGAUGAGAAUAUACUUCAAGGUGAUGAAUACGAUGAUAGCGUUCAAUCAAGAGGCAAAACUGAAGUUGGAGGCUUUGUGUUAUGGCAGAAGAACCCUGAUCUAUGGUGCUUGGAAUUGGUUGUUUCCGGUUUCAAGGUCGGUGCUGGCAUUAACGGUAAGCUAGCUUGGAACCACUCUUCUUCUCAACCUUUUCAUGCUAACAAAGGCCCUUCUAGACCCCUUCGCCGCUUCUUUCAGGGACUGGACUCAAGUUACAAACGUCUUCAAGCACAGAGCACGUCUAAUACAGAAAUUGUAAUGCACACAAUAUUGGGCUACUUCGGCCAACGCACGGGCUACUAGUCAAAUUUGAGGACACCAAGUUGGUGAAAAUGAAGGCCUUUAAAGGAAAAGGGUCAGUGUUUUGGGAAACAAGCAUCGAGUCCAUGAUUGAUGAUUAUAGAUACAUAGACGGCAUUAACAUAGCGCACGGUGGGAGGACAAUUGCCACGCUUUAUAGGUACGGUGUGGCGCAUAAUCACAAACAUAUGAUUGAGGAAACAUGGACGAUUGAAGAGGUUGAUUUUAACAUUGUUGGGUUAUCUAUGGAUUGCUUUCUGCCUCCCUCCGGUGGAGAGCGAGAGCACGAAGGUGCAGAGCAAGCAUGGGAUAGGAUUUUGCUUCGGUUUUCCUUGUUUUGCUCCCCUCAGCCAUAGGAAGUGUGAAUACAGCAUAGACAUGAAUGGUUUAGCAUCCGUGAUGCGCAAACACUCCAAUGCUUAAGUCAGUAUGCAAUAUGCAUAAGAGGAGAAUGAACAAGAAUGAGAGUAGAAAAAUAGGAUUCAUACAGGAGGUGCCUAUUUAUAUACUUGAGUUUGGGCGGAAAAAUUAAUUAGGCAACUAAGGUGACCCAUGUCGCACAUCAUGUCAGUGCACCAUAGUUUUCGAUUUACCAGUCUAGCUGAAAUAGAUAAUAUGGGAGAUCCCGUUCUAGAUUUAACCAAGAUACUAUUCCAAAACAGGUUGAUUCAAAAUUUUUGUUUUGAAAUAACUAAAUAACCUGUCAAUUGGAAUUUAGAAAUUGUAAUUUGAUUACUGAGUUGAGGAUUUCAAUUGAAUC